CCGCUAGGUAUAGCUGGCACAGGGCGAGGUAGAACGCUAUAGCCUCAAACAUACAAGGGGCCAUAAACGACGACGAACGAAGUAGUCGUAGCGAAGGAGGGUUAAAAAAGACAUACUUUCCCGCUGAGGAAUAGCGGAAGCCCCUGAAGGGCAGGCAAAAUAAUAAAUAUAUAUAAUAUAUAAUUGAUAAGACGGGCCUGCCGGCGGUAAUCUGUAAAGGGGUAAUAAAGAGGUAGUUAGGGCGAGGCAGGGCUGGUUUCGGCCGGGCUGACAGCGCGCGAGUCUGGCGACCAGCGACCCCGAGGCGGGCAAACAUGCGGAGCACGAGCCAUGGGAUGACCGCAACCUGUUCGCGGCUGCCGCAGCAAUGAGCUCCAAGUUCCUGCUGGAUAGCAUGCUCCCCAAGUACCACCACCAGCUCUACCAGCACCACCAGCAGCAGCUGCUCGGCUCGGCGCCCGCCGCCGCCUCCGCCGCCUCCGCCCUCUUCUCCGACGCCGUCGUGGGCCAGCACUCGCCGUCGUCGGCGUCCUCCUCCCCGCAGCACAGCUCGCCCGCCGCCGCCGCCUCGCCCGGCGCCGCCGCCCCCGCCAGGAUGUACCCCUACGUGUCGGCCGCCGCCGCGCACCACCACCACCAGCAGCAGCAGGCGGCCGCGGCGGCGGCGUUCGCGGGGGCGGCGGCCGCCACCGGCUCCAUGGUGCCGGGCGCCUUCUCGUCGUCCAGCCUGGCGGCGGCUGUGGAGGCGGACAAGUCGUGCCGCUACACCGCCUCCGGCCUCGCGCCGCCGCCCGACUCCAUGGUCAACUACGCGCUGGGCCACCACCACCAGAACGGCGCCGCCGCCUCCUCCGUGUCGGCCGCCGCCGCCGCGUCGUCCGUGUCGGCCGCCUCCGCGUCCAUGGCGGCCGCCGCGCAGUUCUACCACCAGGCGGCCGCCGCCUCCGCCGCCGCCGACCCGCUCACCUCCUGCUCGCAGCCGGCCGCCGCCGGACAGCCCAUCCCGGACAUCCCGCGCUACCCCUGGAUGUCCAUCACAGAUUGGAUGAGCCCCUUUGACAGAGUCGUAUGUGUUUGCCCGUCUGUUGCAGGGCCGAACGGCUGCCCGCGCCGCCGCGGCCGCCAGACCUACACGCGCUUCCAGACGCUGGAGCUGGAGAAGGAGUUCCACUUCAACCACUACCUGACGAGGCGGCGGCGCAUCGAGAUCGCGCACGCGCUCUGCCUCACGGAGCGCCAGAUCAAGAUCUGGUUCCAGAACCGCCGCAUGAAGCUGAAGAAGGAGCUGCGCGCCGUGAAGGAGAUCAACGAGCAGGCGCGCCGCGAGCGGGAGGAGCAGGACCGGCUGAAGCAGCAGCAGCAGGAGAAGCAGGCGAAGCACGAGCAGCAGCAGCAGCAGCAGCAGCAGCAGCACCACAGCAUCACGCACCACCACCACGAGCCGCACAAGCUGGGUCUGGACAAGACACCCGGGGCGGACCUGCUCAAGGCCGUCAGCAAGGUCCCCUCGUAAGAUCCGACCCCCCUUCCCUAAACCCUUCACAAACACCGUACCUUUGGAGGUAACCUUCCAUCUCCCUGAGCCCUCAUCUCAAACCACCUUCCCCGAAACUGGACGUGAAGAAACUGUACGCCGGAGACAUCUCUCUCCUCUGCCCAUCGACGAACGAACGUGAACAACUCCCUCCGAAGAGGACAGGAUAUACGGUAAUUUCGCCGAGGGAUCUUCGAAACCCAAGUCGUUUCAUUCACGCGGAAGCUUUAGUUUGCGUGCCAAACCCCUUUCCCCCUCCACAGUCCAUGCUCUUGUCUCUCCAGAGAUGCCUCGUUGCGCGCGGGUAAGUGAAGAGAACAGACCGGCAUUAUACUGCUGACGCGGCAAGAGGAUAAUCCUGGAAUGUUCAGUUGUUCGCUCGAUGACGGAGUGACGUCGCUGCAACUUAACGCGAGAGACGCUACUUGUUUGCGAGUUUGAAAUUAAAAGAAAAAUGCGUCGCUUCAGCAUAAACAGUUAUUUUAUUCCACCAAAAGAAGAGUGCGUCUUAAGUUUGCGUUUACAAUUCUCGUAUCAUAUGCAUCUAUCUGUUGGGAGUGCUUGAUAACAUUUAACAUUGCACUGUUGUUAUUGUUUGGAAUUCAAAAAAAAAGUUUUUUACUUAUUAUUUGUUAUUUGCUUAUGGCAUCAAAAUUAUUCCUUCAGUACAAGGUUUAGCAGGCACGGGACGUAGAUGCAAAAAUGAAAAUAGGCUAUACAUAGAAGGGUUUUCAUUCAUUUCAUAAAUGAAUUAUUUUAUUUAUAUGUUUACUGUUUUGUAUAAUAGUGAGUUACGUUUGUGCACAAAGUGUGGUUAUGCCAAUAACAGUAAGGCACAAGGAGUGUUUUAAAGAAACAGAACAAACCGUUUUUGUCUUAAAAGCAAUUCGUGGUUUGUUUUAAUGUUUAUUUGAUAAGUGGCACGUUUAUGAAUAUGCCAAAUAUGAACGUGUCUUGCCUGGGGUCAAUUUAAUUAAUUUUUAAUAGUUAUUAUUGUGCUGUGGCUAAGCUGUGAACUUAAAUUUUCUUUAACUGUAUGCAAGUGUUCACUGUUGUUCUGAAGCCGUUUAAAAUGUCAUGAGGACUAUAAUUUUAAAUUUGUUGUUUGUUUAACAAUACAGUCUAUAUGCCAUCGUUUUCAAUUAUUUCCACGUUGGAGUUAAAGUUGCUAUUUGGUUGUUAAAAUAUUUCUAUUUAAUUUUUAAAUUUUAAUCGUUCUGAUUAUUGUGCAUUAUAUUUGCAAUGUAAAUUUUCAUUUGGAAAUUUUAUUUUAUGUAUUUGAUAGUGAAAUGUUUAAAUGGUUAUAGUUUUAUAUAUAGUUAAAAUGGUUUCGUAUAUUUUUUAUAUCACCCAAUGGCUGUAACAUCAUUAAUAUAAAUCACACGCAUUUUUUAAAACUUUUUUUGUUUUGUAUAAAUUUAAAAUUCAAUUUAUAAACUUACUUUAUUUUACUUUCACUCAUAUUUCUUGAUAAAAUUACAAAUAAAUAAGUCAAGAAUUUUUUUAAAAUUUAACUCUUUUUAAUGUUUUUGUUAAUUUUUAAAUAUUUUUAAAAUUACAGUAAUUCCUUAUUUAAAUAUGUUUAGGUUAAGCCCAUAUUGGUUAUUUUGUGGAAAGAAAAUAUUCUUUUAUUUAUCACAGUUAAUAAUUUUUUAAAUAUGUAAAUUUAUAGUACUAUUUAUGAAUAUUAAUGCUCAUUAUUAAAAUAUGUUUCUUCUAAACGGAAGAUGAAAUGAGGAGAUAAAGCUAGACAACAAGCAACUGAGAGCAUUACUUAUGUCAUCAAGCAUGGCAGUAGACUUAUAUUACAAUUUCCGAGUCCAGGAAGGCGUUUUACCGUCAGUAUACACAGGAAUAUGACUGUAAUCAACUAUAAAUUAAUUAUAGUACAUACAUACGUAAUUUGGUGUCAGGGUAGGCAAUAUUAAAAUCAUUAUAGAAAUCUGCAAGUUGAUAAACAAUUUAAGGCUUGAAACAUUCUGCAUAAACGAAAGUAUUUUUUCUUAGUGACAUGUACUAAAUAAGUGUUAAUUUUUUUUUGUCAUUUAGGUUUUCUUCAUAGAAAAAAUGUUGCGGAAAAAACAUCACAGGAUGUAUGUUUUAGAUAUAUAACCUUGACUGUUGUGAAAAAAAAAAAUGUGUUACUAGAGCUGUGUUCGAGUCAGGAGUGAGUGUGCAAUGUAUACCAAAUCAAAUUACAAUUUAUUUGAUAAGCAGUGUCAAUAAGUUUGAAAAUAAGAUAAGUUGUUUAAGAGAUCGAGAGUGAACCACAUAUUUCACCACUAUUAGCCAUGAACUGAUAUAUAAUUUUCUCGUGACCCUUGUUUAUGCGUUAAAUAAAUUUCUGGCACAUUCUGAGCAGCAUUUUGUACAUCGCUGUUGUAAUUCGUGUGCUGUUAGUUUUUAAGAACAGCGAUCACUACUAGCUUGUACGGCUGCGAAGUUUAUUUUCAUUUUAUUACUUGUAUUGGUACCUAUGUUGUUUAGUUCAGAAUUAAUAAUGAACACUUGAGUUGACUGAAUAAAGCACAUAGAAUUCAUUUUGCGUUUAUCAAAAUUUUUUACUAACCAAUUAUUUUUAUGAAUAAAUUUAUAUUAUUUGUAUCAUACAUGAACUUAAUCACCUGCAUAGAUUAACUUGUCAAGACAAAUGACAGAAAAUAAUUUUGGGCCAGAUAUUUGUGCAAAACGUAAAUAUAAAUAACUUAUUGUGGUCCAUUCGUGUAGAAAAAAUAUUAUGACCGUGAGUGUAUCAUUACGCGUGCAGAAUAAAUGAAAUAGUUUAUAAUAGUUCUGUUUUUUGAUGAUAUACAAAUUUACGCCAACACAAAUUAUUUAUUUCCGUUUAUGAACUGCAUGGGGGGAUUGUUUAUGGAACAACAUAAUUUGUCACUGAGAGUGGUUGCAUUUGUAAAACUACAUGUUUCAAUAUACAUAUAAGAGUCCGAAAACCCAGGUGCAAUCCGUCAUAAAAUAAUUCAUGGCCCAAAUAUUGACUUCUGGUUUGCUAUAUCUCUGUCAUAAUAAUUGUCUUAUAUUUGUCACCACAGCAGUAAGCACGGGCAUGCUCAUACUUAUUUUCCGAAACUGCGCCAUUAUUGGGCUGAAUUGUGAACAUACGAGAUGACGUCACCUGUCACACUUCAGCAGAUUGAAUGACAAAAAUGUCUUCAUAUUGUUACGUUGUAUGUAGGGAGAAUUGGGCUCGUAAGGGAUAGCCCAAUUAAGUUUUAUUUCAGUUUUAUUAAUUACUAAUAUUUACAUUUAUAAUAAAUAAUUGUACUUUAAAAUGUCCGAUCACAAGUCGCUGGCACUUAAAAAUGUUUAUUCUCCAAGUCAAUCAAUGUCUGUCAAGUUCCGCAGUUCGCACUCCUCACUAGAGCUGGGCUCUACAGUGGUUCGCCCCUUACCUUGCGCCUGUCUAUACACGCAGUCUCGCGCCACUCAGUCGCCGCACUCUCACGAUCCAGUUGAACUCCGUGUUGCGCCACUCUAGGGGUGGCGGAGGGGGGGGAGGUUGUCUCUAACCCUCUUCGUCGGUGUCGCAUUUCCCUUCACUUGCGGAACUCUCGGAACUCGCGGAACUCUCGGAACUCCGGAAAUGUCGCGGGACUCACUCGGCACUCACGUGUCUCCUCCGCUGCUUAAGUACCUUGGGUGCCCUUCUCGAACCGACGAGAGCAGCUGUGACGAGUAGCGUCAUCCCGGGCCGACCCGACGCCCGAAAUGUCAAGAAAGGCGGCACUCGUUUACGUCACUCCGCGUGGCGACCCGCGGAAUUACCAAGGCCGCCCAGCGAUAGAUAGCGGCACCGAGGAAGGACGAUGCGCGUUUUCGGAGGGGGUGGGGUUUAGUGACGGCCGUUGUAAUCCGGCCAGGCGCGCGUGGCAUGCCUUACGUCAGUGGACGGCGCGUGACGUCAGUGGCCGUGUAGGGCCGCCAGCCAGCUCCGAACCUCGCACGUGGUCUGGUCUCUCGCGUUCGGAACCAUAUUUUGGACAGCGGUAUCAUUUCCGCUGCUGUAUGCCAAUUUGGUUCUCACCUGAACUUCUUUCUUUGAAGCAUCUUGCUUCAUGCAGAUGUCUUAUUGGGGAAUAUACUUCUCUGCUGCGAUUUUCAUACAGAUGCUGGUCAAUACAUUGACGCCAUGUUAUUUUGUGCCCAGAAAAUAGGGUUUGACAAUUACAUCACGUAACUGCUUGUCGACACAGAUACAGUUAUGAUUUGUUUGUUUCAGUUGGUAAAAUUUUAUGAUUUUUACUUCUGAUCAUCACUGAUUGUUCCAAACAAAAUCCAUGUAGGAUCUAAUGGUCGUUAAUAUUUUAAAAGACAUGAAACUACAUUCCUUCUGAAUUAACGUAAAAUGAAGAUAAAUUUCGCAGAUGUUAUGGCCAAAAUUCGCUGUUCUUCGCUCUUCAGCUCAUUUUGGUUUACUGCCUUAAGUAUCUUUUUUUUUUUCGGAAAUUGUGUCAAGUUAUUUGUAAGCUAAAGAGAAUUUUGCAUGUCGUCCUAAUAUUAAACGUUCGAAUCCAUCCUAUGAUAAUAAUCUUAAAAAACAUAUUUUCAUUUGUCUUUGUUUGCAAGUUUUUAUACUUUUUAAAAUUAAGUUUAGGCCUAUAAUAAAUGAGGUUAUCGAGAAUUUAUUAUUCUAUCGUUACCAAAAUGUUACACGAAGAAAACACGACCCUGGUUUUUCUGAAUGUCUGGGUUCAAACGAAAAUGGUAGACAAUAUUUUUUUUUCUUUCCAUUCAGUGUGCCAAACUUUCUCGAUAUUUACUCAAAAAGAAAUAAUUUAAAUUAUAAUUUUUUUAUAAAAUUACCAUUCUGAAAAUUCCAAAUGAUUAUUUUAGUUAUGUCUUUAUUUAUUCCAUUUUUGUCUUUAUUCCCAGGUUUAAUUACCCUAGGAAGGUGACUGAACGUUUAUUCCGCCUGCCUUAUGCGUAUUCAUAGUGCAACUUUUGAACGUUGUGUGUGUGUGUGUUUCCCCUUCCAUCUCCUCACCCCACCACCUUGUCUAUCCCUGAGUACAGCGUUCUCAGGCGCGCAUGGCACCCAAGGGACACUCGUGUUCUAGACGCUCCUCUUGUCUGUGAUAACAGGUCCGCUCAUGUUGAAGCGCGCGGCCACGUAUACGCCAUGUUCUGCCUGUGCGAACGUGUCUCUGACCCUCUCGUGCUUUCGUAGCUUGCACUAGGCUUGUAGCUCAGCGCAAGGAGACCUUCGCUUUUUUUGAAGAGCUUUGCGUGUGUAUGAAGAGGCGAGAGGUGCUUGCAUUUCGCUGCUAGGAUCCUGCGUGUUCGCAGUCAGAGAAAGAAACAUCUCAGUGGCGUAACAAAUAUUUGUUUGAAUGUUGCCGAAGCAAUCCCAAAUUGUUGAUAGUUAUAAAAUUAUAUAUUUGCAUCAUUGUAGAUUUAGUCUUUGUCAAAACAAUUUAAUCGGCUUACGUUAAACACUGUUAAAUUUUUCCUUUUAAAUUAUCUUCAUAGCUUCAUAAACGUACGGGUAGUGAGUGUUUACAUGCUUUGCACAACGGACAUGAAAUCAAAAAGAUUUAUCUAGGAGCAUUGGCAGUCGCAUGAGGAAGAGGAUCCUAGAAGGAUCACUCAAACCCUGUGUUUACAGACAUAAUUUUUUGAAUCAACUAAGUGCUCGUGUGUAUAUUCCAUAUAAAUAUUGCAAAUUGAAUGGCAAAAAUUAUUUUCACCUGACAAACAAGUCUACACUGUAACAAGUUGCACUAAAUUUACGGACAUUAUCCAACUAAGAAUUCACCUAAAUAAAACAGACAAGGAUUCUCCGCAGUUAUAGAUAAAUGUAACUUCGCAGUAACUUCUUCGGAUUCUUUUUCAGAUUUAUCUGCUUCCAUUGUAAACAGGGUAAACAGCACUUGGGAGAAAGGAUAGUUUUUUUUUUUUUUUUUUUUUUUUUUUUUUAGAACUUAUAAGGUUUCGAUGAUUACGUUGAUAAUCGAAAACAGUGGCGAAUGCAAAAUUAUUUUUUUUCAGGUUCGAGGUUUCAAAAAACAAUUAUAUGUUUAUUGAAAAAACGUCAAAAAUCAGUUUGGACAGUAACAUUAUCGUUCUCUAUAUGCAUCACUCCCUGUAUGGUUUCAAGUUCAAUUCGUUGAACACCCACCUUGUAUCACCCAAAUAACACAAUGUCUUCAUCGAGAUACCGCAUUUUAACAUAACUUGAGGGGAGAGGAAUAAAUCAUUCCUAACCCCCCUUUCCCCGCCAAUCACCCAGUGUCAGCCACUGUUCGAAUAUACAUCUUGUGAUUUCAUGUCCGAAGCAUUGAACUCAGUACCCGUACAAUUAUGAAGUAUCCUGAACUGUAAGUUACCGAUAUUCUUCAAAUUUAACGUGAAAAUAUUUAACAAUGUUUAAACCUAAGCCGACAAAUUGUCUUGGCAAAGACAAAACCCACAAUAAAAAAAUUAUAUUAUUUUAUACCCAUCAAAUAUUUGCGAUUUCUUUGGCAAUAUUUAAACAAAUAUUGGCUAAACCACCCAGUUCUUUCUUUCUCCUGAUGCUUACAAGUCGUAAGUCCUUCAAAAAAUUACCACAGCGUUUUAGAUUCAAGGCAAUAUGAUGGACGUACGCCAUGCAAAAGUUUUAAAUCAACCUACAACAUUCCCAGUACUAUUCAAAGAACACAGCAGUUUUGGCCACACGAUUACGCUUAGACGGCUGUAAAAAAAAGAUACAUUAAAAAUCAAAACAGGGAACUGAAUUAAUUUGAUCACCCACUCAGUGCUCAUAAAUUAUGAGCCAUUCCAAAGUUGGGUUAGAAACCGUGACCGCACCUGUCUUCUAGCUUCGUUUCAGUCGCGUGUGGUUUAGUUUAUUAGUUUAGUUAAUUUUGUUCUGAACUUAGUGUGAUAUUUUUGCGAGCCUUUGAGUAAACAAAAUAUAUUUGAAGUAUUUUAUAGUCGAUAGGAAACGAAAACACGUUAAAACACUCGCUAUAACGAAUACCAUAUACCUAUAUCAGGUUUUUUCAUCACGUACUUGAGAAAGCCGGAAGCUUUAUAAUAUACUACUGAUCGUAGGAUUAUGCAUCUGAGCACAUAUAGCUACUGUAAUGCAUGUUAACCUAAAUUCCCCAUAUGAUGAACUAUGUUCAGCAGCGAUUCUUUAAUCGAUUUCUGUCUUCUAUGCAGUAAUACUUUAAAAAUAAUUUUUCUUAACUUUCGGUUUGAAAAAAAUUAAAUAAUAUAAUAAUUUAUGAGAAUUUUUUAAGAAUUGGUCAAAUGUAUCAUAAAACACCACUUAUUAUCGUACCAAAUCUUAAUUUUUGUGUGUGUCAGAUUAAAUACGAUUUGCAAGCACCUCUAUGAACGUGUCAACUGCCAGACAUUUUUAACUUUUAUUAUGUUAUUCGUUUUUGUGAUUCGAUUCUCCUUUUUGAGUUAAGUUUGAUAGAUUUGAAUGGUGAUAACAUUAGUUGUUUGUUAGUAAGUGUGCUUCAGUUUUUUUUAGAUAAAGGCAAAAUUUAUUAUCCGGCUGAAACAAUGCUCUUGUGUUGUUUACUAUUGUUUUACCUGUUGCAUGUCGUAGCAUUUUAUACGUACAAAAGUAUUAUAUACACCUUAAAAAGAUUUAUAAAAGUUUUCUAUACGACUUUGAGUGAUUUUUAGGUUGAUUUUUGUUACGGGUUAUUCUGUGUACUUGAUAGUUGGAAAUUUAUUUACCUAUGUCUGGCGGAAUUUAUAUAUGAAUUUGUUAAUUCAAUAUUUAUAUAUUUAAAUGUAACAUGUUUGUCUUUUAUUAUAAAAUAGACAUUUUACUGUUGGAAGGGACUAUAUUUAGACCCAAACUUCUCAAAUCCGAAUUAACGACGAAGAACAUUAGUUAUAUUAGAUAUAGGCUAGUUCUAAGUAGUUUUUUAUGUGUGGCUGUUUGUGUGGGCGUAAUGUAACUUGCUUUCGUAGUUAAACCUUAUAAAUUAAUAUAUAUUAUGCUUUACUUCUACCUGUUUACAAAUUUCUGUUUAAGCUCUAGACUAGGAUGACAACUUCCUAAAUUUAUUUAGUUAUGAUGUCUGUAAGAUUUUAGUCCCCUUGAAUAAUAGGUUUCUACUUGCUUAAAGAAGUAGAAUUCUUGACCUAUCACAACGAAUUUAUUGUUAAAUGAUUGUUUUUGUACUUUAUAAGUUUAAAAUAAAUAAAAAUAAUAAUUUUAUUCCACCUUACAAUGACAUUAUUUAUUACAAGCAUAGUAAAAAUUAAUUGCUGAAGCAAAAAACCAUUUUUAUUCUAACCUUGAAGUGGAGCUCACAAACAUGUGAUUUCCACCCAAAAAAAAAUUUGGUCUCCAUGAUAUGCAGGUGUUUCGAGUGAGUUGCCCUGAAUAAUCCAAACGUAUUUUAAUUGUUUCACAAAUUUUUCCUUCAAUGUUCUUAAGUGCGUUUAAGUACUACAAAUUUAAAUCCAGUGUGCCAUGAAUUGUAAUCCAUUUAAAUAUCUUUAUAUUUCUCUUAGUAUUUUAUUUGCCAAGAGUUUGUUUUGUACACAAAUAAAUUUAAUUCUGAUGUACAAGCUAAUUUAAACAUAAAUUCUUUAAAGGCAACAUAACUGCUUUUAUUGUAAAAAACAUUUUGUGCAAUAAUGUUGUAUAAUUUAUAGACGUGUGUGUUUAUGUAUGAUAGGCGGGUGUGUGAAGUUUGUAGUCCGAAAGAGGUGUAGAUACUGUUUUAAGUAGUUUAAAUGUGAAAGUGAAUAACUAAGUGGUUUUAUUACAUUGUAUAGCCUUGUUUACGAAUUUUACCAUUUGUCAAUUUACAAUACUUGUUAACAAUAAGUAUAACGUUUAGCGCUUAAAGUGUUGCGGGUGCCAAAAUACAAUCUUCAAUAGCCAUAAUUACCAGUCUGCAAGGUUCUGAUUAAGUAUUCUCUCUUUUCCGCUGUUUGUAUUCUAAAUACAGUUCAGAAAUGGCUUCAGUUGCUGAAUGUGGUUGGUUUUACUCUGCACUGCAAAAUUCACAUCCAUUCUGGGUCUCUCUAGACAUGGAUGUGUAAACGGAUCAAAAACGUUGCAUGUAUCGUAAGUGUUAGACUUGAAAAUGUUACUUUCUUAAGACAAAGAUAAAAUCCAAACCCAUUUCCAUACCAUGGAAAAUUAGCUUUUAAUUCAUUAAAAUUAUCAGCCAAGGAUUUUUGUUAUAAUAUAAUAUCUGGUCUCCAGCAAGGUCAUUACAGGCGAUAGCACAAAAUUACACAGAAUAGAGAUACUGGGAAAUGUAUCUCCCACGACCUGUUGUAAGUAACAAUCCCAGAAAUUUCCUGCAGUUUUUUUGUAAAAUAAUGGAAAACGAAAGAAUAUCCCAGCCGGCUUCAAGCCCGGGCCUUUGGAAUGCGAGUCCAGUAUCUACCACUGUGCCAACUUGCUGCAUACCAUGAUAAUUUAAGUAAUUUCACUUGACAAAAUAUUUAUAUCAAUAACCUAUUUUAUUACAUUACGAAUUCAUUCUUGGAUGUAUUGAAUUUGCUUUCAGCAGUCGGUCGUAAAAUUUUCUCUCUGUGAGAUUGACGAAUAUUUUUAAACCGCAAUGCUCAAGCGGAAUAAUUGUUCACCUCAAUUAUGUGCUUACAAACAGUUCAAUCAGAGCUCACGAACAAAUACUAAACAAAACAUCCACGUGGUAAGUAACUGAUUUUGAAGCAGCAAAUGAAGGAAAAUAUUGAUUAACAGUUGUAUCUACAGACUAUAACUUCUUCUUUGUUUUACUGUUUUCGUUAUCGUUUAUUCACAUGCGUAUAAUUUUUCCCUUAUUGUUUUCACAACUAUUUUCUUUAAUAAAAAGGGAACAAUUACGUUAAAAAUGUUACGAGCUUCGGGUUCUAAGAAGUAAUUCAAUGCUUUCCGUUAUCUUGUCCAAAUAGCUGGAUUAAUUUCAUGUCAUUUUUAAGUUGUAAAAACUAGUGUUUUUGAUAGUAUUAUUUGACUUAACAGUUUUUUUUUCUCUCGAACAGUAGUGUGUUUCAAGCAUACUUUUUAAUUUAAAGACGUUUUUUAA